AUGGUGGAAAUCUUAGACAUUCAGAAACCAAUCAUCUUUGAUAAAUCAAUUUCUCACUAUGAGAUUCAUUCACAUCAACCUUAUGCAUCAUCAACAUUUAACAAUAGUGAUGAAAUUAGAUUCAGUAUUCAACAUCAAGACUUAUGCAUCCUACCAAGCAAAAGUUCUCUGCACAUUUGUGGAAGAUUUGUAAAAGAAGAUGGUACUGGCGCAGGUGCAACUAUGAACUUAGUCAAUAUGGCUAUUUGUCAUAUGUUUGAAAAAAUACGCUAUAAAUUAAAUGCUGUUGAAAUUGAUAGAUGUAAAAAUGUGGGUCUUACAAGUAUCAUGAAAAAUUUUAUAUCUUCGAGUCCUGGGCAACUCAAUUUAAUGGAGAAUGCUGGAUGGUUGAUCAGUAAUGACAGUAAAUUAACUAAUGAAAAUGGAUAUUUUAACAUUUCUAUACCACUAAGUUACAUACUUGGAUUUGCUGAAGAUUACAAUCGCAUUGUCAUGAAUGCUAAACAUGAAUUGAUUCUUAUAAGAUCAAAUUCUGAUGUUAAUACAUAUAUACAUACACCUGCUGCCGCUGGUGGUAACGCUGAAAUAGUGAAAGUUCUUCUCAAUAAGGUAGAAUGGAAUGCCCCAUACGUCACAAUGUCGGACAAGCAAAAAAUUCAAGCACUCAACUUUAUUGCUAAUGAACCAGCUAUAUCAAUAAGCUUUCGCACAUGGUAA